CUGCGGGAAGUGCUCGACGCCCUGCGGUCACGACGACGCUUUGUCGUCGCGUCCCACGCCAGGCCCGACGGGGACGCCGUCGGCUCGCAGCUGGCGCUGACCCACGCGCUGCGGCAGCUCGGCAAGGCAGCGCUGGCCGUCAGCCGCGAUCCUCUGCCGCCGUACUGCCAGUCGUUGCCCGGCGCGUCGGAAGUGUCCAUCACCAGCCACGUUGACGGUGAAUUCGAUGCGGCGGUGGUGCUCGAGUGCGGAUCGCUCGCGCGCACGGAACUCGCCGGACUCGAUCGCUAUCUCGUGAUCAACGUCGACCACCACAUGGGCAAUACCAACUAUGGAGCCGUCAACUGGUUCGACGAGACGGCCGCCGCCUGCGGGGAAAUGGUGUUCGACAUCGUGCAGGGACUGGGCGUCCCACUGACCGACCGAGAUUGCGAGCUCUCUCAGGGCUCCGUGGGCAAAUUACGGCUCACCGGCGCCCUGCUGUCCGGCAUGGAGCUCCAGGGCGACGGACGCGUCGCCGUCCUGCAGGUCGACGACCGGAUGCUGCGUGAGAGCGGCUGCACAGCCGACGAUCUGGAGGGGUUGAUCAACCUGCCGCUGGCCGCGGCCGACGUGCAGGCAGUGCUGCUGUUCAAGGACUUCGAGGGCCAGCUGCGGGUCAGCGUCCGCUCCAAGAGGUCGAUCGACGUGCGUGCGGUGGCGGUCGCCUACGGUGGGGGCGGGCAUCGCAAUGCGUCCGGUUUCUCGGUGCAGCGCCCGCUUGACGCCGCCCGGCGGCGGGUCGUGGCGGAUGUAACUGCGGCGGUCGAUGCCGGCAGUCCCUGA